GGAUUUCAAGUGAAAAUCUUUGUGUUUCUUUGUAAUUUUGAGUCCCAAUUUGAUGGCAGCUUAUACAGCUGUAAUUUCUCUUCUUCAAACUCUUGAGCAACUUCAGCAGAGCCAUCCAGAUCUCAUUCAAGGUAAAAUGGUUAAAACAGUCGAAUCCCUUCUUGUUACUGCUGAAUAUUUUCAAAAUGUUGUUGAGGAAACUAGCAAGAGUAGAUUUGAUCCAGAAAAAAUCAAAUCUUUGGAGGAAAAAAUAAGAGCUUCUGCUAGUUAUACAGAAGAUGUUGUUGAGCUGACGAUUUAUCAAAUCAUGGAAGACUUAAGCUGGACAUUUGGAAUUACGCCUACAAGUUCACUACACAAGAAUUUGCUAUCCGUUGUUGAAAAACUCGAUUCAAAAAAGAAUGAAGUGAUGGAGAUUGUUUCUGAGUUUACCACAAGCACUCGUGAUGAUCAAAUUCUUGAAUCUGAUGGGGAUUCCUUGAUUAGCAACCCAACGCUGCAACAUUUGGAAGAUGAUAUCGUGCACGGACUUGAUGAUGACCUGGAGAUAAUAGUUGAAAGACUGACAGGACAGUUAUCGGAUCUGGACAUUGUCACAAUAUCAGGCAUGGGUGGCAUUGGCAAAACAACACUCGCUAGAAAAGCUUAUGAUCACCUAAAACUCAGGUAUCAUUUUGACAUUCGUGUUUGGAUUACAAUAUCUCAAGAAUAUGGAAGAAGAAAUGUGUUGUUAGAGGCUUUACAUUGCAUUUCAAAGCAUACAAAUAUUGACAUAAAAAAAGAUUAUGAUGUAAAGGAUGACAAUGAGUUAGCCGACCUGGUGCAGAAAAGCCUAAAGGGUCCAAGAUACCUUGUUGUUGUUGAUGAUAUUUGGAGUACGGAUGUUUGGGAUAGCAUAAGAGGUAUAUUUCCUGAUUACAACAAUAGGAGUCGAAUCUUAUUGACUACUAGGGAAACAAAGGUAGCAAUGUAUGCAAAUCCUAGUAGCCCUCAUGAGAUGAACCUCUUGAAUUUAGAAAACAGUUGGAAGUUACUUUGUGAUAAGGUGUUUGGACCAAAUAAUUGUCAUCCUCCUGAGUUGGAAGAAAUUGGAAAGAAAAUAGCAGGAAAAUGCCAAGGACUACCCUUAACAAUUUCAGUGAUUGCAGGACAUCUUUCUAAAGUGUCCAGGACAUUAGGAAGUUGGAUGGAUGUGUCCCGAACCUUAGGUGAAAUCAUUUCUAGUCAUCCAGAUAAAUGCUUAGGAGUGCUCGGUUUGAGUUAUCACCACUUGCCUAAUCACCUCAAACCUUGCUUUCUUUCUAUGGGUAGUUUCCCAGAGGACUAUCAUGUUGAGACUUGGAGAUUGAUUCAAUUAUGGAUCGCAGAAAGUUUUAUAAGGAGGCCUGGAAGUGAUAAAAGCUUGGCUGAAGUGGCAGAAGAUUAUCUGGAGGAUCUUAUCAGCAGGAAUUUGAUAAUGGUUAGAAAAAAGAGAUUCAAUGGUGAGAUAAAAGCAUAUGGAAUGCAUGAUCUACUGCGUGAAUUCUGUUUGACGGAAGUUGAACUGACAAAGUUUAUGUAUAUUGAGACAACUAACAUAGCCCCUACUGUUUCUACACAGAGGCAUUUCAGUUUUCAAAAAAAUUACGGUUAUUCAGUUAUUCAUCUUUGCGAUCUAUUACCAUCAGUUGCCAGAUCUAUCUACUUAUUUCCUGACUUUAUGUUCAGAGUAAACCUUGAAGCUUUCUCCCAUUUCAAGCUUCUCAGAGUAUUGGCAGUAUUCGAUGAAUAUAAAUGUUUUCGUUCAUUUCCACUUGUAAUUACAAAAUUAUGUCAUCUGAGAUAUCUCCAAAUUCAAUGUUAUGACAAUCCUCCUGCAUCAAUCGCAGAGCUUCAGAAUUUGCAAACUUUAAUAUAUGGGAGAGAACGUUGUUAUACAACUUUACCAGAGAAAAUAUGGAUGAUGAAGAACUUGAGGUGUAUACAAAUAAGGAAAGCCUGCUGUUUACCUAGUCCUGGAAGAAAAAGUAUCCUAAAUAAGCAUCUCGUGAUAGGGAUGCCAAAUUUAGAGGAACUUUCUAAUCUCUCUUUGUCCAGUUGUAAAAAUGAAAUCUUUUCUAACAUUCCCAAUGUAAAGAGAUUGAUCAUCCAAAAUACAACUAUAUUGAGAACCGGGGAUAGGGCCAAUCACCUUAUUGAUAUUUCCAGCUUAACAAAACUCGAAGCAUUGAAGUGUGUCAAAUAUUUAUCUUUGUCUAUGCAACCACUGAUCUCCAUCAGGUCUUUACCAACAUCACUCAAGAGGUUGACUUUAGCUGGCUGGCAUUAUUUUCCUUGGAAAGAUAUAUCAACUCUUGUUAAGCUGCCAAAUCUUGAAGAGCUCAAACUUAAAAAUCGUGCAGCCAAUGGUUAUGUAUGGAGAUUGAAUGAUGAAGACAAAUUCCAAAGCCUAGAGUUUUUGUUAUUUUGCGACAUAAAUCUUGAGCAUUGGGAAGCUAGCAGUGAUAACUUCCCAAAUCUAAAACGCCUUGUUCUGAAGGAAUGCAAAAAACUUAAGGAAAUUCCAAUAGAUUUUGGAGAAAUUUGUAGUUUGGAGUCAAUGGAGUUGCAUAAUUGCAGCACUCUUGCUGAGGAUUCUGCAAGAAAGAUUGAACAAGAACAAGAGGACAUGGGUAACAAUUGCCUUAAGGUCUACAUCAAUAUAUAGCACUCAAUGGGAUUGAUGCUUAUUUUGAGGGACAAUCUGACAGUAUAAGUUUGUUUGAAGGUAGGUUCUCUCUGAAAGAUGGACUCGGAUAGGAAUAGAGGAUAGAAGCUGACAGCAAGUAUUCUCCUCCGGGCUUAAGUUGUCUUCAAAAAAUACAACAUUUUCUUUUAUGUUAUUAUCCUUUGUUAGAUUUUGUUUUAGGAAUAAGCAUGUCUUGCCAAUUUGUGAAAUCUCUUCAACUAAAUUGUUGCGCAAGAUUUGACAUAUAUGUAUGUAAAGUAAUAUU